AUGAGUAUGAUCGGUGAAUUGACCUAUUUUCUAGGACUACAGGUUCAACAAACCAAUGAAGGUAUUUUGAUAUCUCAAGAAAAAUAUGCAAAAAGACUUCUAACGAAUUUUGGCCUCGAGUCGGCUAAAGAAGCACAAAUGCCAAUAUCUACAACUACAAAAUUAAGCAAAGAUGAAUCUGGAAAGCCAAUUGAUCCUACUCUGUACAGAAGCAUGAUCGGAAGUCUACUAUACCUAACAGCAAGUCGUCCAGAAAUUAUGUUGAGUGUUGGAAUAUGUGCCAGAUUCCAAGCUGCCCCUAAAGAAUCACAUCUCAAAGCCGUGAAAAGAAUAAUUGUAUACGUCAAAGGAUACAGUGAUGCCGACUAG